AUGGACGGAGCCGCCGCUUUGACGAGCAGUGGUCGUGACAAGCGGAGGGGCGCGGGGCGAAAAUAUCGGGACGCGCUUCUGACGGGCGUGGAAGGGUCGGAGUGGAGCGUGUUUCAGGCGAAGCUCGAGGAACGAGUCCGCGCUCGGGGAGUCCAAGGGUCCGAGAUGUCCGACGACCAGGACUCCCAGGCCGAAGAUGCGGAUUCGGCCGAGCGAGCCUUCGCGCUGCAGAACGCGGCGUUCCUGCUGCAGCUCUUCACGUUGGCCACCGCUUUCGUGCUCGGCCUGGGGAUCAAGCACCUGAAGAUUCACUGGAUACACGAGGCGGGCGCCACGAUCCUACUCGGCGUGCUCGUGGGCCUGAUGAUCAGCGGCUCGUCCGUCUCCGACGAGAUCACCGACUGGCUGGAUUUCGACGAGAGCGUGUUCUUCUUCCUUCUCCUCCCGCCCAUCAUCUUCGAGGGCGGGUACUCGCUGCGCUCGCGCGAGUUCUUCGCCAACUUCGGCGCGAUUUGCAGCCUCGCGUUCGCGGGCACGACGAUAUCGACGUUCGCCGUGGGAUUCUUCGUCUGGAUAUGCGGCGGCGUCGGUUUGUGCUACGGCUUACCUCUGCUUCACGCGCUCGUAUUCGGCGCUCUCAUCUCCGCCACGGACCCGGUCACCGUGCUCGCCAUAUUCCAGGAGCUGGGCGUCAACACGGAGCUGUACUCGCUGGUGUUCGGCGAGUCCGUCCUGAACGACGCGGUGGCGAUCGUGCUGUAUCGCACGCUGGUAAACUUCAACAACAAGGGCGUGACGUUCAUCUCGCUGAUGGAAUCCGCCGGGUUCUUCCUGGUCAUCUUCGUCGGGUCCCUCGCGGUGGGCGUGCUGUUCGCGGUGAGCGCCACGCUCUUCUUCAAGGUUCUCAACAAGCACGGCGCGCACGAGGGGCACGUCACCUUACUGCAGAGGAACAACCACAUAGAGAUGGCGCUGGUGAUGAUUGCUCCGUACGCGGCGUACGCGGCGGCGGAGUCGAUGUCGCUCUCAGGCAUAGUCGCCAUCCUGUUCUGCGGCAUGGUCAUGGCGCACUACACCGUCCCGAACCUGAGCCCGGAGACGGCGGUGAACUCCAAGGUUGUGUUCAAGGUUCUCGCCACCCUCGCGGAGACGUUCGUGUUCAUCUACAUGGGCGUGGCGAUGUUCCUCGAGGAGGAGAAGUGGUCGAUGGUGCCGUUUGUUUUGGUGGCGAUGGUCGGGUGCGCGGGCGGGCGCGCGCUCAACGUGUUCCCGGUCAUACGGUGGGUGAACGAGAAGCGACGCCCCGCGCGCAGGGUGCCCGACAGUCACACGAAGAUGCUCUUCGUCAGCGGUUUGAGAGGCGCGAUUGCGUUUGCACUGGCGAGCACGACGAUUCGGGAUCUGGGCGAGGCUAGCGGCAAGGUUAUUCGCACGGCGACGCUGUGCAUCGUCAUCUUCACGGUGCUCGUGGUUGGCGGCUCGUGCAACUACCUCGUGGCGAGGUGGGAUCUCGGCGCGGAGUCCGCGUGGACCGGGCUGGGCGACGAAGACGGGUCGAGGAGGAGGGAGGCGUCGACAGCGGCGGAGGGCAGCCCGGGGGGGGUUCGCGCGGGCGAGGUCCACACCGGGCCGCACGAGGAGCUCAUGCCGGAGUUUAGGGUCGAGACGUUCGAGGAGGGGUACGCGGCGGCCAAGGCUGAGCUCGGGGAGGCGACGAAGCAGGAGAACACCAACUACGGAAAGGUUAAAGCCGCCGCCAAGGCGCUCGGCAAGGUCGCGGCUGUGACCGACGCGGCGAGCGUCAUGUCCGACAUCGACGCGAGGUUCCUGCGUCCGUAUCUCACCAUCAACGGGUCGUUGAACGCGAGCAGGCGCGCGUCGCCGGAGAGGUCGCGGCCGCCGUCUCGCACGGACGAAAACGGGGCGGACGACGGCGAAGGGGGUAACGACGCGGAUGGGGGGUUCCGGCAAGUGCCGCUGGAUACCGUCGCGUCGGAGGGAAACAUCGCGGGUGGCGCGUCCCACGAGACGCCUUUGGGACUGCCGGGCUCGCCCGCGCCGGCGCGAACGCCCGGGGUUCCGCCCUCGAACUAG